GUUUCUGCCAUGCCUCGUGUCAAUUUAUGAUUUUAUCAAACUACUUCCUUUACGUUGCUAAAAGGGCAACCUUUGUUAAUGUUUUAUACGGGCAACAUACCUUUGCUUCCCUCCCUUCCCUUCCUUUGUUCUGUCUUCCUCAGCUGCAAAAUCUGAUUAUUUCCACUUUAGGAAUUUUUAUUGUGUAUUUGUUUAAUUUAUUUGCUUUGGUGGGACAAAAAUCACAACAUCAUGGGCUUGUCGAAUUUCCCUAGCUCAGCCGAAGGUGUGCUUCCGGUGCUUGUAAUGAACACCGUUCUCUCGGUGGCUCUGUUGAAAAACAUGGCGAGAUCUUUACUCCAAGUCCUGGAUUCAUCUUCUUCUUCGAAUUUAGAUAUCGAGGAGUACCCGGUUGGGUACCCAGAACAAGAGACGAUGAACGAUGCAAAGGAGAGGAGGAUAUCAAUAACUCAGUUCAAGUCUUUGUGCCACGACCGGUGCUCGUCGUCGUCACCGUCGUCAUCUGAAGAUUCGGUUCCCGUAAGGGAGGCUUGUUGUGUGUGUUUGAGUGGUUUUGAAGCUGAUGAGGAGGUGAGUGAGUUGUCCUGCAAACAUUUCUUCCACAAAAGUUGCUUGGAGAAAUGGUUUGGGAACAAGCACAGUUCAUGCCCUCUCUGUCGAUCUAUUGACUAAAAUUUCUCUUUUUUUUUCCUAGAAGAUUAGAAUUCGAGCAAUUGUGUUAUUAGAAUAUGUUUUU